AUGGCCAGGUCAACAAAUAUAAGCGGCAAGGAUGGUGACUCGAAGGUGUCUGCUCCCCCGGAUCGCACAGAGGUGCGGGACCUUACAGACCCCCGGGAACUGUCAUUGGAGGAGGUGCUGAAAUCGUACGAACAGCCCAUUAACGAGGAACAGGCUUGGGCUGUGUGUUAUCAAUGCUGCAGCGGUUUGAGGGUGCCGCGUCUGGCUACAGAAGCGACUGGGGUGGUUUACCGGGUAAAAGAUCCGUCCUCCAUACUCCUUCACAGAGACGGGACGGUUUCCCUUCAGCCCGAGCCUUGGAGUCAUAGCGAUGACUCGUCUCCUUUGCCUGUGCCAUCUUUCACUCAGUAUCAGUUGGUUCAGUCUCUGGGUGUGGCCAUCUACAGAGCCCUUGACUGGGGAUUGGAUGAGAGCGAAGAGCGGGAACUCAGUCCACAGCUGGAACGACUCAUUGACCGCAUGGUCGGGGGGGAGGACAACAACGAGACAGGGGAUUGCGGUAACAAUGCAACGGCUGAUGAAGGCUAUAGUGGACCAGAGGAAGAAGAGGAUGAAGACGCCGUGGAUGGAACUAUGCGACCAGUUUGUACAUUUCGCCAGGUGAUGGCGCUGUGCGCCUCCAGACUAGCCAACCCGGCUCUAGCCCCGGACCACUACCAGGCUGUGUGCCGAGCCCUGUUUGUGGAAACGCUGGAGCUGCAGACUUUCCUCAGGAAAAUCCGAGAUGCUAAAGAGAUGCUAAAGAAGAUCAGAACUGAGGAACCACAUGAGGAUCUGUCCACUGCUGAACUGGAUUCUCUGAAGAACACAGACUGGGCUCGUCUGUGGGUUCAGCUGAUGAAGGAGCUGAGACAGGGUGUAAAACUGAAGAAAGUAGAAGAACAGCCUUUUAACCCCCUGCCCACUGAGUUCAGCCUCACGCCCUUUGAGAUGCUCAUGCAAGAUAUUCGCUCUCGCAAAUAUAAGCUUCGUAAAGUCAUGGUGGAUGGUGACAUCCCCACCCGGGUAAAGAGAAAUGCCCAUGAGCUCAUCUUGGAUUUCAUUAGAUCACGACCUCCACUAAAACCAGUGUCAGAGCGCACCCUCCCUCCUCCUCCUCAGGAGCAGCAGUCCCUUCAUGACCGAGUUCUGGCUGAAAUCAGACAGGAGAGAAAACUAAGACCCGUUGACUUGCCCAGCUCCAAGAGACCAUUUGGCUCUCUGCCCUGCCUGGCACACCUCUGCCCGUGUGAUGUCAAAUCCACAUCCUGUUUUGACCUGUCAGUCACAGAUGCAGGAUGCCGUCCGCCGUCCCGCCCCCGUGUUCUCCUUAAAGCUCCAACUCUGGCCGAAAUGGAGGAGAUGAACAUCUUUGAGGAGGAUGAGUCUCCAAGCAGUAGGGAGGAGCUUCCACGGGUGGAGAGCUCUCCCACACCCCUCAAACGAGACCGCUCCUUUUCAGAACAUGACUUGGCUGAACUGAGGGGCGAACUCAUCCCCUCCAUGUCUGAAACCGCCCAGCUUGGCGGGGCUGUGCAUCUGAGGGGGGAGAGACCACGCUCAAACACGCUAGGAGGGGUCGGACCAGCCCCAAUGCACCGGGCCUCUUUCCCAGUGGUUGGAUGGGUGCCUCCUUCACCUGCCUGUCGCUCCCUCAGCUCGGUGGAGGAGAGCACAGAUGGGGCGGGGAGUGGCUCAUAUUCAAGAGGGUCUAGUAAACACCAGUGGAUGGAGGAAUUCAGUCACCCAGUGGAGAGUCUUGCCUUAACAGUCGAUGAGGUCAUUAAUGUACGUCGCGUGCUGGUGAAAGCUGAGAUGGAGAAGUUUCUACCAAACAAAGAUCUGUACAACAGUCUGAAGAAGGGCAAGGUAUGUUGCUGCUGUCGAGUAAAAUUCCCGCUCUUUUCCUGGCCUUCCACAUGUCUUCUCUGUAAAAGGUCUGUGUGUACAGCUUGCAGUGCUAAGAUGAAGAUCCCCUCCAAAAAGAUGGCGCAUAUUCCAGUCUACACCAUUGGCUUUGACAGUAGCUGGAGAGGCCAUGGUCGUAAGAGUGAGGUGUACAAGUCUUUGCGCUCUUUGUCCCAGUGUCCAGUAGAAGAAGAGUUCCCUCACCUUUAUGCUAACGGCUGCAGCUUACGUGAUGUAUGCGCUGAUUGCACCAGGUUUGUGGCCGACGUGAUUUCGUCUAGCCGCCGAAGUCUGGACAUCCUUAACAACACGCCCAAGAGAGAGAAGGCUAUACCCUCUGCAUACCCACGCCCACAGUCGUAG